CACGCCCGCCCUCCCUCCCUCGCACUGUCCGUAACCAGUGCUGCCUCCGCAGAGAUAGGCGAGCCCAGCGGAGGUCUGAGGAAAAGGUUUAACAAUACAGUAGAUAUAUAUUUUUUUUAUAUACUGUAAGUGUUUCAAUUUGCUUCACGCCUCUGAGGACAAAACAUGAUGGCCAACUCCUCGGAAAGAAUCUUACUGGAGCCUUACAAAUACUUGCUUCAAUUGCCAGGUAAGCAGAUCAGGACAAAGUUGUCUCAGGCUUUCAACCACUGGCUAAAUGUCCCAGAAGAUAAAGCACAGGUGAUCAUAGAAGUUACAGAGAUGUUACACAAUGCCAGUCUACUUAUUGAUGACAUUGAGGACAAUUCCAAGCUUCGUCGAGGAUUUCCCGUUGCUCAUAGCAUCUAUGGUGUUCCAUCUGUUAUUAAUUCUGCAAAUUAUGUGUACUUUAUGGGUUUAGAGAAAGUUUUAACUCUUAAUCAUCCAAAAGCAGUCCAUGUUUUUACCCAGCAGUUACUUGAGCUCCAUCGUGGCCAAGGCUUAGACAUAUACUGGAGAGAUACAUAUGCAUGUCCUACAGAAGCAGAAUAUAAAGCUAUGGUAUUGCAGAAGACAGGUGGUCUCUUUGGAUUAGCUAUUGGCUUAAUGCAAUUGUUUUCUUCAUAUGACAAAGAUUUAAAGCCAUUAUUAAAUACUCUUGGGCUUUUCUUUCAAAUAAGAGAUGAUUAUGCAAAUUUACACUCCAAAGAAUAUAGUGAAAACAAAAGCUUUUGUGAAGAUUUGACAGAAGGCAAGUUUUCAUUUCCUACAAUACAUGCUAUUUGGUCAAGACCUGAAAGUACUCAGGUUCAAAAUAUAUUGCGACAGAGGACAGAAAACGUAGAUAUCAAGAAAUACUGUGUCCACUAUCUUGAGAAGGUGGGCUCUUUUGAGUAUACGAGGCAAGUUUUAAGAGAAUUAGAAAAUGAAGCCUAUGGGCACAUUGAGUCUCUAGGAGGAAAUCCUGAGUUAGUUUCAAUAAUAAAGCAUCUGAGCAAUAUGUAUAAAAAUUCAUCGUAGUGUUUUCUAAAUUCUCUACAUGUCAAUAAAGGUCUAUAAUUUUAAUUUAUAUUGUGUUUUA